AUGGUCGUGCUAUUCCUCCUCGCCUUGCUCUGGAUGGUGGAGGGGGCCCUUUGCCAGCUCCAUUACACGGUGCAGGAGGAGCAGGAGCAUGGCACGUUCGUGGGGAAUAUCGCCGAGGACCUGGGCUUGGACAUUACAAAACUUUCGGCUCGCCGCUUCCAGACGGCGCCCAACUCCCGCAGCCCUUACCUGGAGCUCAACCUGGAGACCGGGGUGCUCUACGUGAACGAGAAGAUCGACCGGGAGCAGAUCUGCAAGCAGAGCCCCUCCUGCCUGCUGCACCUGGAGGUCUUCCUGGAGAACCCCCUGGAGCUGUUCCGGGUGGAGAUUGAGGUGCUGGACAUCAACGACAACCCGCCCUCCUUCCCGGAGCCCGACCUCACGGUGGAGAUCUCGGAGAGCGCCACGCCGGGCACCCGCUUCCCUCUGGAGAGCGCCUUCGACCCCGACGUGGGCACCAACUCGCUGCGCACCUACGAGAUCACCCCCAACAGCUACUUCUCCCUCGACGUGCAGACGCAGGGCGACGGCAAUCGCUUCGCCGAGCUGGUGCUGGACCAGCCGCUGGACCGCGAGCAGCAAGCCGUGCACCGCUACGUGCUGACGGCGGUGGACGGCGGGCAGCCCCAGCAGCGCACCGGCACCGCCCUGCUCACCGUGCGGGUGCUGGACUCCAACGACAACGUCCCCGCCUUCGAGCAGCCCGUCUACACCGUGUCGCUGCCCGAGAACUCGCCGCCCGGCACCCUGGUGCUGCAGCUCAACGCCAGCGACCCCGACGAGGGGCAGAACGGCGAGGUCAUCUACUCCUUCAGCAGCCACAUCUCGGCCCGCGCCCGGGAGCUCUUCGGCAUCGCGCCGCGCACCGGGCGGCUGGAGGUGAGCGGCGAGCUGGACUACGAGGAGAGCAGCGUGUACCAGGUGUACGUGCAAGCCAAGGACCUGGGGCCCAACGCCGUGCCGGCGCACUGCAAGGUGCUGGUGCGGGUGCUGGACGCCAACGACAACGCGCCCGAGAUCAGCUUCUCCACCGUCAAGGAGGCGGUGAGCGAGGCGGCGGCGCCGGGCACCGUGGUGGCCCUCUUCAGCGUGUCGGACCGCGACUCGGAGGAGAACGGGCAGGUGCAGUGCGAGCUGCUGCAGGGCGACGCGCCCUUCCGCCUCAAGAGCUCCUUCAAGAACUACUACACCAUCGUCACCGAGGGGCCGCUCGACCGCGAGCAGCCGGGCGGCGACGCCUACACGCUGACGGUGGUGGCUCGGGACGGCGGCCGGCCGCCGCUCAGCACCAGCAAGUCCAUCCAGGUGCGGGUGAGCGACGUGAACGACAACGCGCCGCGCUUCUCGCAGCCCGUCUACCAGGUCUUCGUCAGCGAGAACAACGUGCCCGGCGCCUACAUCUACGCCGUCAGCGCCACCGACCGCGACCAGGGCGCCAACGCGCGGCUCGCCUACUCCAUCCUGGAGAGCCAGAUCCAGGGCAUGUCCGUCUUCACCUACGUCUCCAUCAACGCCGAGAACGGCUUCCUCUACGCGCUGCGCUCCUUCGACUACGAGCAGCUCAAGGAGUUCAGCUUCCAGGUGGAGGCCCGCGACGCCGGCGAGGAGCCGCGCCCGCUGGCCGCCAACGCCACCGUCAACAUCGUGGUGGUGGACCAGAACGACAACGCGCCCGCCAUCGUCAGCCCCGUGCCGGGCCGCAACGGCACCCCGGCGAGGGAGCUGCUGCCCCGCGGCGCCGAGCCGGGCUACCUGGUGAGCCGGGUGGCCGCCGUGGACGCCGACGACGGCGACAACGCGCGCCUCACCUACAGCAUCGCGCGGGGCAACGAGGCCAGCCUCUUCCGCAUGGACUGGCGCAGCGGCGAGCUCCGCACGGCGCGCAGGGUGCCGGCCAAGCGCGAUCCGCAGCGCCCCUACGAGCUGCUCGUCGAGGUGCGCGACCACGGGCAGCCGCCGCUCUCCUCCACCGCCGCCAUCCAGGUGGUGCUGGUGGACGGCGCGGCCGAGCGGCCCGGCGGCGCCGGCGGCGGCGGCGGGCAGGGAGCCGGGGCGGGCGCGGGGGGCGGCGGGGCAGGCGGCGAGCACCGUCCCAGCCGCUCCGGGGGGGACGCGUCGCUCGACCUCACCCUCAUUCUCAUCAUCGCGCUGGGCUCCGUCUCCUUCGUCUUCCUGCUGGCCAUGAUCGUGCUGGCCGUGCGCUGCCAGAAGGAGAAGAAGCUCAACAUCUACACGUGCCUGGCCAGCGACUGCUGCCUGGGCUGCUGCUGCUGUUGCCCCUGCUGCAGCCGCCAGGCGCGGGCCCGCAAGAAGAAGCUCAGCAAGUCGGACAUCAUGCUGGUGCAGAGCUCCAACGUGCCCAGCAACCCGGCGCAGGUGCCGGCCGAGGAGGCGGGCAGCUUCGGCUCCCACCACCACAACCAGAACUACUGCUACCAGGUCUGCCUCACCCCCGAGUCCGCCAAGACCGACCUGAUGUUCCUCAAGCCUUGCAGCCCCU